GAGAGUGCUGCUCUCAGCAAGUGACAACAGCCAAAAGCAGAGAGCUCUGCCCCUUGCACUGCACAGGAGUCACCUGAGCCUGAGCUGCCUUCUCCAGUCCCUGCUACAAGGCAGAUGUGAUGGGUGAGAUCCAGCACUCAGGGAUGCUGAGCUGCUGGGCUCUGGGUCAGCAGCUUCCCCCUCACACACACCCAGCACAUCCCUCAAGGAGGGCAGGUGCUGUAAUCCCUCACCUGCAGCUUAAGGACAUAAAAAACCCAGAUGAUUCAACAGCAAACUUUGUUCCUGCAAAAGCAAGAAGUCUUGGAGGUGGUGCCUGACAUUUUUGCAGAUUAUUUUUAUGCCAGCCCUGCCCCAAAUUGGCAAGGGGAGGUUGGCCAGGGAAGGGCACUAGCAGCAGGGCAUUGUAUCCAUCCUGUGUCCCCUGCCUGCAAUUCCACAAUUAAAAUGGGGGCAUGACACAAAGACAUGAGCUGCUGCUGUUAACUCAGCUACAUAUGAGCAUUCUACAAGAAAUAUUCAGAUAUCCUUCCUGGGAUGUUCUUGGGCUGGAUUCAUUCUUGUGGUAAUUCCAUAGAAGAAGCCCUCUGACAUCAGCCAAGUGAGCCAGUGUAAAUGAAGGAAGAACCAAGUUAUCCCAAUGCUGGCUCAGGCCAAAGGCAUCGCUCCCAAAACCAACCCAAAGGAGCCAUUUUUGCAUUUUAUAUCACGGUGGCAUCAAAAGUGAAACAUGAGUUCCACUCCUUCAGCUUGGUUUAGCCUCACAUUUUGCAGCUCAGCAAAGAACCCAAAUCAGACAAGAUGGCUUUUUAUUUAACAACUAGGCAGUUUUUUCUCCCCUGCCCUGUAUUUUAUGGGCCCACAAACCCACACAGUCUUCAUGUCUUCCAACAAAACAAACCCCCAAGAGCUGAAUCACAGUGGUGUUUUUAAAGUUACACAGAGCACAGAAGUGCCUUAGCCAGUUACAUCAACUUUACUUCAAUCAAGCAUCUCACUUAUCACGCUCUCCCUUCUACCAAGGUGCUGAUUAACAACUCCCAGGAGACAACCUGCAUCCCCACACGUCCACUCUUUUUCUCCCUUUCCACGUUAUCUCCCAAACCUUGCUGUUAGCACUUCCACUUCUCCCCAGCCUGCUGGAGCAGAACAGAUUGUUUCACUGGAAACAAACUGCUCAGAUCCACGUGGAACUUGCAGAACUGCCUCUGACACCCCUUCUACAAGCAAUCCUUGGAGAAUUCAUGUAUCACUAAAGAAGAGAAGCCCUUGAGAGGGCCAGCCAAUGCUGGGGUAAGUGUGAAGCCCCUUUGGCCGGCGGCCACCAGCUGGAAGCAGUUUCUCUGCUGUGGAUUAAUUUCAUGGAUGCCAGCGGAUAAUAACAACUCUCAGUCACUACCAACUUGGGCUGCUUUGCCGUCUCCCUGCUGUUUUAAAAGAGCUUUCAUUCUUGCCACAGAAUGUUGGGAGCUGAAAUAAGGGGGUGUGAGGGGGGAGAGACAAGCCACAGCUACAGGGAUCGCAUGUACCAGACAGAGCCUGAAGUCCUCCGGCAGUCCGUCCUGCCGGGAGCUUUCUUUGUGCAUGAGCAGCAAAACCUCAUCCAAGGAAAGGAAGCAGGAAUAAUUGCGUGGCCAGACGAGGGGAGAAAGCGACCUGUUUAACUUGCUAACAAAUUUGUGGCAUCUUAAUCAAUCCUCACAGGGAUGGAUUACUGGGGUGUCUGAUCCCAUGGACACGAAAACCGUGUGCGGAAGAAGCACCACUGCCCUUCCCCGAGUUAAACCCGUCCCAAAGAGAAAGGAGGAGCAGAACAGCAGCGGGGAAGGCUGGAGGCAGACCUGGCGAGACCCACUCUGACCCCCUCCAGCACUGCAGGGGAACCUGUCGUUUACAAGAGGAUGUUGAGUUCACAACAAUGAGGAGGUUGGUCCAAAAAUGCUGCAGGGAGAGGUGCUGGGCACGUGUCUGCAGCCAGGACAGGCUGCCUGUUGUCUUCUGCAUUGGUAAGAGAUGGUGAAAUGCUGCUGCAGCAAAGUGAAACGGAGUCACGAGUGACACCAGGGAGGGUGGGAUGGUGAGUCAUGGCCUGAGGAAGAUUCUUUGCAAGGGGACCCAUGAGUCCUGCUGCUCUGUGCCUCAGUGGCCACAUUUGGGGUCUUGCGAAACUUGGGGUGCAGGAUGUAGAGGAGUUCCACCAAGGUGGGUGUCAGGAGCUCUGGCUGCAGAGACACAGCUUCCCCAAAGCCACUCAGGGAUGAGACAGGACUGGGAUGGGUGGGGAGUCCCUCCUGCCCUCCCAAACGUGGACAAACCAGUCUCUCCAGCCACAGACACCACAUUAGAGAGCUGUGGUCGCCCUCGUGUCUACCUGCCGUCCUUUCCCUGCUCCAGGCAGGGAGCUCUGUCUCCUGCAUCCAACCCGAGGUACCUCGUGACCAGGGUCAGCCACUCCACCUGCUCUUGCCUUGGUUUUCCUCCACUUCAAAUGGCAAUAACCCAUCUCCGGGGUGCUCUGAAGCCAAGUUCAUUAGUGCCUGACUUUGUUAAUUGCUUUGAGCAGGGCUGGACAGACAGAGACUCAUUAUGGCAAUUGCCCUGUUAUCUCCUCAGCGCUGGGGAGAGAGGAGGUGAGCAUGCCUGUGAGACUAGAAGCCAGCGCUGGGCUCAGUGAGGCCACAGGGCUCCUGAGCUGGAGGAGAAGUCCUCAACCCCUUCAUAUGCAUGGGGAAUUAAUGGGAAUGUUCUUAAUUUCGUCUUUUUGGUUGGGGCUAAAACAAAGAGGCCCAGGGAAAGUGCUGGAUCUGAAUGGGUGCACAAAGGUAGGGCUCAGUUCCAGCUCUUGAUGCCAAGUAGAGCCUGUGGCAUCUUCAUAAACUACACCAUGGUUGUGGGAUUAAAUCAGUUCGUAUGUGGACUCCAAACUACCUGUGCUAGACAAGAAGUGUGGGGGUGGCCAAAUCCUUGGGUAAUGCAUGGGGAAUUAGCAGCAGGAAAGGCUGGAGGAGAUAGGAGACCACACAUCUGGAACUGCCAUGGAAAAAGGUCUCUCUUCACCUCUCCACAGCUUUCUAGGCUUAAAUCUUGUGCUUUAUGGACAGGCCAUGUGAAAGGAUGGUGCUUCCAGCCACAUUCCCUGCUGCAGUGGGGCAGUUGGGAUUAUCACACCUGGUCUGAGGUUUGGCCAGUAACUCCUGACCUGCUAAAGUCCUGGUUUUACCUGUUUUCCUCUUGGCUGAUACCAGUCCAAGCUUCUGCCCAAAUCAGACCUGGGCUUUCCAGCUACUCAUGCUCCCUAUUUUAGCUACAUGUCUGGAAGAGAAGACCCAGCUAUCUGCUAAAGCCAUCAGCCUGCAAGCACUCGCAGGAACCUGUGUGCUCUCCCUGCUGAUCUUGCUGGUUUUGUCGGGAAAAACAGUCCUGGCUGCAGAGGAUGUCUGGUGCUCACAGGAGGGAAAAAGCAGAUCCAAAACUGUAGCCUCGUGGCCGCCCGGAGAACACUGGAUCCAGUCAGGUCACCCAAUACCGCCUGCCUGCAGCUUCUGAGCGGGGCUCAGACAAAAGAAAACCCAUCCAAACUGUGGGGUUAUGUUUGUUUUCCACGCUCCACCAUUGAAAUUCCAUGUCAAAGAUUUAUAAGUCCCUGGAGGAGAGCAGGGACUGCAGCCGAGAGCCAUCGGUGCUUUGCCAUCUCUGCUGUGUGCUGGAGUGAGCCGGGGCAGCUGCCGGAGGACGCUGGAGGCAUUGUGCUGCCGGACAGGUUUUCAAAUAAUCCCAGGAAAAGAGUUAACUGGAGCCUCUGCCUUAGUCUACAUCCACUGCAAAGCAUGUGGGGCCAAAGUCUUUCCUGACACCCCUGAUUGGAAGCUUGGAAGACUACUACCACUUUCACCACAGCAAGACGUUCAAGCGCUCCACGCUGAGCAGCCGGGGACCGCACAACUUCCUCCGCAUGGACCCCAAGGUGGACUGGCUGCAGCAGCAGGAGGUGAAGAGGAGGGUGAAGAGGCAGGUCCGAGGGGAGCCACAUGCCCUGCCCUUCAAUGACCCAGUGUGGCCCAACAUGUGGUACCUGCACUGCGGUGAUAAAAACAGUCGGUGCAGGUCAGAGAUGAACAUCCUGGCAGCCUGGCAGAGGGGCUACACGGGCAAGAACGUGGUGGUCACCAUCCUGGAUGACGGCAUUGAGAGGAACCACCCCGACCUCCUGCAGAACUAUGAUCCUCUUGCAAGCUAUGAUGUUAAUGGGAAUGACCAUGACCCAACUCCACGCUAUGAUGCCAGCAAUGAGAACAAGCACGGCACUCGCUGCGCGGGGGAGGUGGCGGCGGCGGCGAACAACUCCUACUGCAUCGUGGGCAUCGCCUACAACGCCCGCAUCGGAGGCAUUCGUAUGUUAGAUGGAGAUGUAACAGAUGUUGUUGAAGCGAAGUCGCUUGGCAUCAGACCCGAUUACAUUGACAUUUACAGCGCGAGCUGGGGGCCAGAUGAUGAUGGGAAGACAGUUGAUGGACCUGGUCUAUUGGCCAAACAGGCUUUUGAGCAAGGCAUUAAAAAGGGUCGCAGGGGACUGGGGUCCAUUUUCGUCUGGGCGUCGGGGAACGGCGGCAGAGAGGGUGACUACUGCUCCUGUGAUGGCUACACCAACAGCAUCUACACCAUCUCCAUCAGCAGCACCACCGAGAACGGCUACAAGCCCUGGUACCUGGAGGAAUGUGCCUCCACCCUCGCCACCACCUACAGCAGCGGGGCGUUUUAUGAGAGGAAAAUUGUCACCACGGACCUCCGGCACCGCUGCACCGACGGCCACACCGGCACCUCCGUGUCCGCCCCGAUGGUCGCGGGCAUCAUCGCCUUGGCUUUGGAGGCAAACCCCCUGCUCACCUGGAGGGAUGUGCAGCAUCUGCUGGUCAAAACCUCGCGGCCGGGGCACCUACGAGCGCCCGACUGGAAAACCAAUGGAGCAGGGCAUAAAGUUAGCCAUCUAUAUGGCUUUGGGCUGGUGGAUGCUGAUGCUAUUGUGGUGGAAGCCAAGAAGUGGAGGAUGGUUCCUCCCCAGCACGUCUGCGUGGGAAGCCUGGACAGGGUGCCCAAGUACAUCCGAGCUGACCACGUGCUGAGGGCCAGCACGCUGAGCAGCGCCUGCGCCGAGCAGCGGGAGCAGCACGUGCUGUACCUGGAGCACGUCGUGGUGCGGCUCAGCAUCGCCCACCCGCGCCGGGGGGACCUCCAGAUCAGCCUCAUCUCCCCAGCCGGGACACGGUCACAGCUCCUGGCCAGGAGGGUGUUUGACCACUCCAAUGAAGGCUUCAAGGGCUGGGAGUUCAUGACUGUGCACUGCUGGGGGGAGCGGGCGGCGGGGGAGUGGACCCUGGAGAUCCAUGACACGCCGUCCCAAGUGCGCAACCCCGCCGUGCAAGGGAAGCUGAAGGAGUGGAGCCUCAUCUUCUACGGGACGGGCGAGCACCCCUACACUGCCCUGAGCGGGCCCCAGUCCCGGGGCAGGUCACUGGAAGCGCCAACCUCGGAGAUGGAGCCGUCGAGAGCCGCCUUCCUGCAGAGCCAGGUGGAGGUGGCGGAGGAGGAGGAGGAGUAUUCAGGUCCGUGCCACCCUGAGUGUGGUGACCAGGGCUGUGAUGGCCCCAAUGCUGACCAGUGCUUGAACUGCAUCCACUACAGCCUGGGCAGUGUGAAAACUGGCAGGAUGUGUGUGAGCUCGUGCCCCGCGGGGUUUUUCGGCGACAACGGCGCCCGGCGGUGCCGGCGGUGCCACAAGGGCUGCGAGCGCUGCGUCGGGAGGGGACCCAGCCAGUGCACGGCCUGCAAGAGGAACCUCUACCACCACCCCGAGAUGGGCACCUGCCUGCUGCUCUGUCCUCCUGGGUUCUACGCCGAGGAACGUCAGAAACGCUGUCUGAAAUGUCAUCAAAGCUGUAAAAAAUGUGUCGGCGAAGCAGACAAAUGUACUGCAUGCAAAGAGGGAUUCAGCCUGGCAGGGGAGAGCUGUGUGCCAGAGUGUCAGCCUGCCAUGUACCUGAGCCGGGAGCCCCGGCGGUGCGAGACCUGCCCCGCCAGCACAGGGCCAGGCGAGGAGGACUGCACCCCCUGCACCCCCGAGGGCCCUGCACUCCACUGGCGCUGUGUCCCCACCUGCCGUGAGGGUUUCUACCCCGCCGACAGCCACGGGCUGCCCAACAAAGUCUGCAAGAGGUGUGAUGACCACUGCUCAGCCUGCGAGGGCUCCAGUGGAAACUGCCUCAGGUGUAAGGAAGGUUACAGCCUCCUCGGUGGCUCCUGUGUGACAAAUGAAACCUGUACCAAUGCUGACAAGACUUUCUGUGAGAUGGUGAAAUCAAACAAGCUCUGUGAAAAGAAGCUGUUUGUGCAGUUCUGCUGUCAGACGUGUCUUAUGGCCGGGUAAAGUUCAGCGGCUGCAUCCAUCCAGGACUUCCACUGACUGCCAGCCCAG